ACCGUAGUUGAGGCGGAAAUUCUAGCCAUGGAAGACGUGAGGAUUGUUUAUCAUCCUAUUUGUUUAAUACAUUUGUUUAUUUAGACUCAGACACUCAAAAAAAAUGGCAGCCGUGUUUUUAGUUAUGUUGUACGAGUAUUCUCCUCUUUUUUAUAUAAGUGUCAUAUCCUUAUGCUUCGUUGUUACAGCUGCUAUGGUUCUUGGAUGGUUUGGUUUUGAUGUUCCCGUGAUUCUGCGUAGCUCAGAUGAAACUGAGUCUGUCUUGCCUGUUCCAGAGAAGAGAAUGGUGCAGGUGACCAAUCCUUUCGCCCUGGAAAUAGGUUUUGGCGUUGCCUCUGUAACUGAUGGUGUUCUUCUGCGUCCCUGCUGCCUGGAACCCUGUGUUCUUAGCUGUUUCUGGGGUUGUGGGGUUCACGCCUUGCAGGGAGUGCUCCAGACCCACCAGCAUGGACCCAGGCUCAGCACCCCUCAGCAGUUUCAAGAGGCCUUACAUUUCCAGUACCACCACUGCCAGAGCUUCCAUAUUGGCAGCGAUGACGGGGAGGAGCGACAUGCUGAGAUGCCAGCUGAUCUAGGCAUCACAGAUUUCGGAGUGUUGCCAAGGGAACGGUAUCCCCUGGUGGCACUCCUAACAUUGGCAGAGUCCGAAGCCAGAGAUGUGUACAACAUAGUGGCCAGUGUCUCAGUGGUUCAUGUACCUGAUGAGAAGUAUAGCCUUUCAGGACGGAUCCUGUUUCAAUACCUGCUUACGGCACAAGGGAACAUGUAUGAGCUAAAGCCACUCUUCAUGUCUGCGGAUAUUGGUGGGUCAUCUGGGGUCACUGACCCUGACCCCAACACAGAGGCACCUGAGCCACUGCACAUGAUACCCAACCCGCAGGAUGACGCAGAGCCAGCACUGAAGGAAGGGGAAGAGGAGGAGUGGUCAGAAGGAAAUGGGAAAGAUUGUGUGGUUUGUCAGAAUGCACCUGUGAACCGGGUCCUUCUGCCCUGCAGGCACGCCUGUGUGUGUGACGGCUGUGUCUCACGGUUUCAACACUGCCCCAUAUGCAGAGCAUUCGUGUUGGAGUCCUUUUCUCUAUCCCAGCAUGCACCUGUGCAGCAGCAGGAGGAGGAAGAUGAGGAAGAAUAUUUGGAGGAUGAUAAUGAGUAGGAUUCUAAAGGUCAUUGGUAGUAUAUAUGGACAUAAAAUGUUUCAGUAUUAUUUGAAGGGAAUUAUGCUAUCAUAGACAGGAUAUGAUACUUGGUAGUUCUUGAUACUUGUCUUUGAACCACAUGCUUUAUUUUAUCAUGUUGAUGAGUGUAUGUGGAAAGAGAAAUAAUUGUUUUGUAAAACAAAGUUCUAAUA